AUAGAUCUAUAUAUUUGAUUUUAAUCCUGAAUUACCUUUAUACUCGAGAAUUGCUAAGCAGUCGCCGUCGACCUUGCUGCGAAUCUGCGGCAAAGGCUGCGCUGAGCAGCGUGCGUGCCGCAGCGCAGCAGGCGGCAGCCGUACGCGGGCAUCACAGUGCCCAUGCGACGGCCGGCCGCACACGGCCAGAACCCGUCCAUGCGACGGUCGGCCGCACGCAGGCAGACAGCCCAGCGGCGGCCGCGCGCGGGCAGGAACCGCCGCAGCGGCCGCGCGUGGGCAGAGGCAGCCCCGCGGCGGCAGCGGCCGUGCGCUGGCAACAGCCGCGGCCAGCCGUGCGCGCCGUGCGCAGGCAGGAAAGGCCGCAGCGGCCGCGCGCAAGCAGCGGCGCACGCUGGAGCCGCCACAGCGGCCUCCCGCGAGCGGCGGCAGCGCCGCACGUGCAGGCGGCGGUGGCGGGGCAGGCAGAUAAGGGUUUUGGCAUAUUUACAGUUUUGCCCUCGAGUAGUUUUGUAAAAUUACAGUUCUACCCCUUGCAAAAUUUUGUAGCUCUGUUCUGUCAACAUAUUUACAGUUUUGCUUCGGGUCUAAUUUCUGCUAAAUUAUAGUUUUACCCUUCGUAAAGAACAUAUUUCCGAUUUAUAUCCUAUCAAAUAUUUACAGUUUUAUUAUUAUGAAAUUGAGAAAUUUAGUUUAUAUUCUUAAUUAUAAAAUUGAUAAAUAUGAUUUAUUAUAAUUAUGAUUAAAUUUAAUAAAUGAUUAUAUUUUUUGAUCAUUUGAUUGAAUUUAAUUUUGGGAAAAAGGAUCUACUCCUUGCAGAUUGAUAACAAUCUUGAAUUAAAGACGGUACGUUGCAGAUUAAACAGAAAUAUCUGAACAGAGACAUCAACAGAUAAACUCACAACCAUCUGAAGAAGAUAGCUGUGGUGAAUCGACGAACAAAGGGAAUGAAGAUUUGAAGAAGGGACCGUGGACAUCUGCUGAGGAUGAGAUUUUGGUGAAUUAUGUUAACAGAUUUGGUGAGGGGAACUGGAAUGCCGUUCGGAUGCACACAAAACUCCGUCGAUGUGGCAAAAGCUGUCGUCUACGGUGGAUUAAUCAUCUCAGGCCAAAUUUAAAGAAAGGUGCUUUUACAGAAGAUGAGGAGCAGCUGAUCAUUGCACUCCACUCUAAGAUGGGAAACAGAUGGGCUCAGAUGGCUGCAUUUUUGCCUGGGCGUACCGAUAAUGAGAUAAAGAACUACUGGAAUACACGAAAGAAGAGAUGCCAGCGUACUGGUUUGCCCCUUUACCCUCCAAAUGCAUGCCACAAUGUCUCCGAGGAAAAUUUGCAAAGCUCACGUCUCAGCAAGUACAGUUACAGUUAUGAUCAGCCUCUUGAGCUCCUUCAGGGAAGCUUCCCUGGCAGUCCUGAUAUUAUAUCUGACAACUUCCAGACAAGUUAUGGGGCUUCCUCCUAUGCAAUGCCAUUUGCGGAUGCAGCGGGUUUUGGAUCCCAGAAUUAUUCCUUUGCAAAUCCAACAGCUAAUUGUCUUGAGCAAUCUACAGACUCUGAAAAAUUUCUCCUUGCCUUACAUGGUAGUGUUGCGGAUGUUUAUCCUACAACCAAACAAUUUUUGUUUCAGCCUUCAGGAAGCACACCUUGGAAUUGUUUUGGUUCUCUCCAUGGUGCUGAUCCCAGCAGCCAGAGCCUGGCACCUUUGCUAGGUGCCGUCCCUGGCAGCCAUGCCCUUCUAAAUGAUACCUUCUCUACUUAUUGUCCCACUCGUGGAACUGCAAAGUUAGAGCUCCCUUCAGACCAAUGUGUAGAGACUGAUGCCAGUAGCAGGCUUACCUGCCCAGCCACACCUGUUUCAGUUUAUAAUGUUCAAUCUCCAUCAGCAACUGUCUCAGUGCAAUCCAAUUUUGUUUCACCAUGGAAGAGUGGUCCAAUGCUUCGACAGGCGCAUGUACUGAGCGAUGCAGAGAAGGAACCAUCCGAGAUGAGCUCAAUUACUUCUACCAUCAAACCCAAUGAUGUUUUCGAGUGCUCAGGUCUAAGUAUCAAUGAUAUGGAGUUGUAUUCCACAGCUGUUGCUGAUUCAUAUAUGGAAUCUCCAUCAGCUCUUGUCUCAUUGCAAUCCAAAUGUUUUCCACCAUGGAAGAGUAGUCCGGUGCUUCAAGAGGCUCAUGUACUGAGCAGUGCAGAAAAAGAACCAUCUUCGAAGAGCUCAGUAACUCCUAUCGUUAAAUCCAGUGAUGUGUCAGAGUGUAGUAUCAACGGGACAGAAUUGUACUCUUCACCUGUUGCAUUUGAUAGGUAUGUCAAAUCUCCAUCAGCUACUAUCCCAUUCCAGUCCAGUUGUGUUACACCAUGGAAGAAUGUUCCAUUAAGAUCAGUACUUCAAGAGGGGCAUGCACCGGGCAGUUCAGAGGCAGAAUCAUCUGAGAAGAGGUCAGUGACUUCUAUCAUGAAACCCAAUAAUGUGAUCUGCUCUUCAGGGUUAAGUAUCAACGACAGAGAGUUUAAUUCUAAACCUCUUGUAGCUGAUACAUAUGUGGGAUCUCCACCAGCAACUUUCUCGUUGCAAUCGAAAUAUCUUACUUCAUGGAAGAGCGAUCCAGUUCUGGUAGAGGCAGAUGCAUUUGAUAGUGCAGAGGAAGAACCAUCCAAGAAGUUCUGUUAAAAGUGUUCACUGCCAAGUAUGAAUGACACAGGGUUGGAAGAACUCUUCGAUCCAAAAUUUCAGUUCUCAUGCUUCCAUCUGGACUGAGUUCCCGUGCCCUUCCAACGGUGGCAGUUCAUUGCAUUAUCUUCAUAUUUAAGUUUUGUGGUAUCAUUGAAAAUGGGAAAGAAUUCAUGAAUUUUUUAGGUCCAGAAAACAUUCAUUCCGACAAUUACAUCGUUGAUGUUUCCAUGUGAAUAGAAUGUACUCAUUGUUCCACAGUAUGGUGCAAUAAAACAAAGAGGCUCACGGCCUGGAAGUGGA